AUGAGUAAGGCAUCUAAACAUCUGUGCAGUUCAACGUUGGCGUUUCUCUUAGUGUCACUGACAUCAUUUGAGAGUUCGCUUGCUAUAAACGUGUAUUCCACGUGUGUUAACGACUGUACAGGCCAGGUUUUCCCGGCGCAGUACCCACACUGUGGGUCGUGUACCCAGUACAUCAUCUGCUCGUCAACUGGGUUCACGUACCUGCUGCCGUGUUCGCCCACGUUGCACUACGACGCUGUGAUCGGCGUGUGUACGUUCUCACACAUAGCGGACUGCAGGGCCACUUCGCCCACUUCACCGACAUCUCCCACAAGCGCCACGUCAGCAAGCAGUGUGACGUCACGGACAAGCGCCACGUCAGGGACCAGUCGUACGUCUCCGACGAGCGUUACUUCGCAACAGAGUGUGACGUCACCCACCACCAGCCCCACGUCUGUGACGAGCCCUGGGUCGAGGACCAGCCCCACGUCCUUCACGACGACGACGAGUCCUACGUCAAUAACCUCGGCAACGAGUCCAACGUCGGCAACCAGUGGCACCAGCCCGACCAGUCCUCGGCCGACGUGCAUCAGCAGCUGCUCGGGUUUGUCGGAUGGGAACUACCAGUCGUGUAAUGGGUGCGAUAUAUUCGCCACGUGUGUCAAUGGUUUGAUACUCGACAACCGCGCGUGCGCCGCCGGGCAGGCGUGGGACGACAUCCUGCGAACGUGUUCAAGUUCGUCAAACACGUGCAUCACAUCUCCAACGUCGCCUACGUCAGCCACGUCAGCUACCAGUGCUACGUCGGCCACCAGCGUCACUAGUGCGACCAGCGCCACCUCGCCGACUAGCGCCACCUCUGCAACUAGCGCCACAUCACAAACUAGUGUCACUAGCGCAACUAGUCCUACUUCACAAACCAGCGCCACAUCACCGACCAGCGCCACAUCACAAACUAGCGUCACAUCACAGCAAAGCGUAACGAGUCCUACUUCACAAACCAGUGCCACAUCACCGACCAGCGCCACAUCACAAACUAGUGUCACUAGCGCAACUAGUCCUACUUCACAAACCAGCGCCACAUCACCGACCAGCGCCACAUCACAAACUAGCGUCACCUCACAGCAAAGCGUAACGAGUCCUACUUCACAAACCAGCGCCACAUCACCGACGAGUGCCACAUCACAAACUAGCGUCACCUCACAGCAGAGCGUAACGAGUCCUACUUCACAAACCAGCGCCACAUCACCGACCAGCGCCACAUCACAAACUAGCGUCACAUCACAGCAGAGCGUAACGAGCCCUACUUCACAAACCAGCGCCACAUCACCGACCAGCGCCACAUCACAAACUAGCGUCACAUCACAGCAGAGCGUAACGAGCCCUACUUCACAAACCAGCGCCACAUCACCGACCAGCGCCACAUCACAAACUAGCGUCACAUCACAGCAAAGCGCAACGAGUCCUACUUCACAAACCAGCGCCACAUCACCGACCAGCGCCACAUCACAAACUAGCGUCACAUCACAGCAAAGCGCAACGAGUCCUACUUCACAAACCAGCGCCACAUCACCGACCAGCGCCACAUCACAAACUAGCGUCACAUCACAGCAGAGCGUAACGAGUCCUACUUCACAAACCAGCGCCACUUCACCGACGAGCGCCACAUCACAAACUAGCGUCACCUCACAGCAAAGCGUAACGAGUCCUACUUCACAAACCAGCGCCACUUCACCGACCAGCGCCACAUCACAAACUAGCGUCACAUCACAAACUAGUGCUACCAGUCCUACUUCUCCAACAAGCGAAACAUCACCGACCAGCGCCACUAGCGCCACCAGCCCCACGUCCCCAACCAGUCCGACUUCAGCCACAAGCGCCACCAGCCCCACGUCGCCCCGACCGUCCUGUCUGAGCAGCUGCAUCGGCAUCGGGGACGGCCACUUCGCAUCGUGCCAGGGCUGCACCGUCUACGUGUCUUGCGUUAGCGGCUUCAUAUACGACAACAGACCGUGUCCUCUCAACGAAUACUGGGACGACACCGUGGAAGGAUGCAGGAACGAGUCCAGCACGUGUGUGACGUCUGCGACAUCUCUGACAUCAAUUACGUCAGCUACUACGUCACCUACCAGCAUCACGAGCGGUUCCUCGGCAACCAGCCCCAAGUCCCUAACGACCAGUCCCCAGAGCGCCACGUCUCCGAGACCGGCCUGCGUUUCAAGCUGCGCCGGUCUCGAUGACGACCACUAUCACUCGUGUGUUAGUUGUUUCGUGUAUGUGUCGUGCGUGGGCGGGAUUCUCUAUGACAACAGACCGUGUCCAGCCAACCAACAGUGGGACGACGUAGCUGGACGAUGUGAUGGCGUCUCAACUACUUGUUAAUGGGUAGGGUAAUACGACACAUCUCUACAUACCUUAAAGGGGCGUUCUAUAGUCCGUCCCACAGGGAACGCCUUUCUUUUCAUACUAUGGAAUUUACUACAAGUUAUUUAUUUCUGAAAACCGAUUGAUUUCUAAAUUGCACACAAUAAUAGUAUUUUUUUCUUAUUUCCAAAACACUUUUACGUUUCUUCUUACCGCAAACCAAAGUUAUUUUCAAAACAAACAACAUUUUUAUGUAAUAAUGGAACGGACUAUAAUUAUGCGAUAAAUCGGAACGACUUUAGUCGGAUAUGUUCCCAUUUUUGUAGAGCCGACAAAUCGAAUACGACAAAUCAGGACGACUAAUUGCAUAAUGAGAACGCCCCUUUAACAAAUAUUUAUAUCCGUUAGUAUUAAGUUAAAACACACCGCAUGCACCGUGUUAAAGGGAGUCUGUUGUCAUUGUAAGAUGUCUCCAAUUAUAGAGUGUGUUGUCAUCGUAAGAUGUCUCCAACUAUAGAGUUUGUUGUCAUUGUAAGAUGUCUCCAACUAUAGCGUUUGUUGUCAUUGUAAGAUGGAUACAAAUGGAUAUAAACACUACCACUUCUCACCAUUAAAGUAAAACAGAAAAAUGGGGGUCAAGCUGCUCACUUCAAAGUUUAAAGUUUGUUUCACGACACCACUAGAGCUCACUUCAAAGAGUCUACGACUAGCCUAGUUCCGCACCAAAAUUGCCAUGGUGUCUUUAGUAGGACCCCUACAUGAUUCAACGCAAUGGUAGUUGGUACAUUGCCACUAAUUCAAAUUAAAUAACAGGAAUUUACUGGCCAGAUAAAAGAAGAUUUUAUCACAACAAACACUCUCUCACGUGCAUCACCAAUGACAAGACUGGUAACCUCAACUAUGGGACGAAAGGUUGGUGCACCUCGAACUUUGACCCACUUAGCUACUAUUUGGAGUACGACUACCAACAAUAACACAGAUACUCGUCGAUAACAUGUUUACAAUGUAUAGGUCACUGCAUAGGUCAUCUCACGGAAUGAAGAUGGCUGUAGUUUAGGUGGAAUAAUGUUACAUGUAAAAUAUAUUAUGUACAAAGAAUGAAAAACAAAUAAUUAUAUAUACACUAGGUUUCAUUGCUGUUGUUGUUUUUGCUUUUUUGUGUUAUUGUUCAAUGCAUAGCAUUCACGUGUACAUUUUCCAUAUCAGACCUGUCCCGUUUUUAGGAGGGCGAGCGCAUGCGUCCAGUUUGAAUGGUACAAUCGAGUCUAGCGAGAGUCCGCAAGCGCUUGCCCAUCUGAACUUUCUUCACUGGGAUCGUGACGUGGAACGCAUUACAUAUUUCUGAAUAAGCAGACCCUGACUAUGGGAAAUUAAAGUGAAUACAAAAUAUUCCUUGCUGCAGUCCUAUGUAUCGAUAGGGCGUUUCCUCUCUACCUACAACAAGCGUUGAAAUAACCAUAUGAUAGACACCUAAUUUAGACACGCCUUAUUUAGAAACACGUGUUCUGAGACGCCAUUGAAACAUUACUUUCUCUUAUAGACUGGAUGCGAUGCGUGCGUGC